GGAGGCCCCCUACCUUCCUUCGUUCUCCUUUGGGUCGCGGGAAAUCCCCCCAAAUUGGCGUCGAAAUCGCGCGCAAGAUCCGAUCUUUAUGUGAUUUUAACGUGCCUGUCUUCGAUGCCCACAAGCCCUCCAAAUUUCUCGAGGGGAAAAGCUGAUUCCGGUUGGAAUUUCCUUGUCGAAUGGGAAACACCGGGAGCAGCGGCAACGGCGGCGGUUCCGGCAUUGGAAGUGGUCGGCGGAGGAACUCCAGCCUUCACCACCGCCACCACCAUCACCAUCACCACCCGCUUCCCUUCGGCCCCGCACCUGCUCUGCUCCCCGCGCUACAGCCGCCGGAGGUGACCGCCAACCGCUACGUGUUCGGGGCGGCCACCGCUUACCCGCCGCAGUACCCCAACCCGAACCCCUCUCAGUACUACCAGUACGGGUACUACCCGCCUCCACCACCGACGAUGCCGGUGCCUCUCCCGGCGGCGUUCGACCAUCAACACGGUGGCAGCGGCAGCGCGCCCCACGUAGAGUACCCGGUCCACCACCCGGGGUGGGCGGGUGGCGGGAGGUAUUCGCCGUAUGGCGCCCCGCCCCCUGCUCCUCCGUACGUCGAUCACCACAAGGCCGUCACCAUCAGGAACGACGUCAAUGUGAAGAAGGAGACCCUCAGGGUUGAGCCUGACGACCACAAUACAGGUCGUUUCCUCGUGGCUUUCACCUUCGAUGCCACCGUCGCAGGAAGCAUUACUAUUUUCUUCUUUGCAAAAGAAGAUAUGGACUGUAACCUUACUGCAACAAAGGAGGACUUGCUUAAACCAGUCACAGUGUCCUUUAAGGAAGGUUUGGGUCAGAAGUUCAGGCAACCGUCUGGGACAGGAAUUGAUUUCUCAAUUUUUAACAAGGCCGAGUUGGUGAAAGAGCGGGAACUUGAUAUAUAUCCUCUUGCUGUAAAAGCAGAAGCUUCUCCAUCCAACAAUCAAGGACCAGAACGUGAGAACCAGAAAUUAGGAACUCCGCACUUGCAAAUUACACAGGCUAUGUUUGAGAAGAAAGAGAAUGGUGAGUAUCAUGUUCGUGUGAUGAAGCAGAUCUUGUAUGUGAAUCAAAUCAGAUAUGAGCUGCAGGAAAUCUAUGGCAUCGAGAACUCAGUUGACAAUGAUACUGAUGGGAAUGAUGCAGGAAAAGAAUGCGUGAUUUGUCUUUCUGAACCACAUGAUACCACUGUCCUCCCAUGCAGACACAUGUGCAUGUGCAGCGAAUGUGCAAAGGUUCUUAGGUUCCAGACGAAUCGAUGCCCGAUAUGCAGGCAGCCGGUGGAGCGGCUACUGGAGAUCAAGAUCAACAACAGAGCUGAGCAACGACAAGAGGCAGCACCGUGCUGACCUCACCGAUUUUGGAAAUCGAUUCCACUGUUGAGGCAUUCAUCAGAAAGCUUGUGGUUACGCCAGGAUCCAGAUUGGCAAUAAUGGUCGACAUCUUUUGAACAUGUUGCUGGUUGAAAGAGGAAACCAAGUGUGUAUUAUUCUUGGCAUCUGGUAGCUCCUGAUAAAAAGACUGUGCCAGAGUCGGUAUAUGCCGGUAUGGUUUUACUUCUAUGGUUUCAUGGUAGCUUGUCCUGUGCCAUCGUGGUAUCGAGAUGCUGUAGUGUUGGCAGUAGAUGAUCGAUAUUGUGAUGCGUGGGUAAGAAGUAUAUAUUCCGCAUGUAGACGCGGAAAUGUUGGCAGAUGCAAACUCAUGGCUAAAAAAACAAUGUAAUUGCCUGAGAGAAACUUUGUGCAUCAAUCUUGACUGUAUAUUAAUCUUCUUUAGGCCUGUGACAGAUAAAGCUAGAGAAAUAACAGUUCAGUUUUGUGGAA